AUGGUUUUGGUAGAUGGAAAAAGGGUAAAAAUUGUAAAGAAACACAGGCGUCGGUUCACGAGACACGAAUCCGAUCGUUACCACCGUUUGCGUCCAAACUGGCGAAAACCAAAGGGUAUUGAUAAUCGUGUCAGAAGGAGGUUCAAAGGACAACGUCGCAUGCCGAAAAUUGGUUAUGGUAAUGCUAAAGCGACACGGCAUAUGCUGCCAAACGGAUUUAGAAAAGUAUUGAUACAUAAUGUUAAGGAUUUGGAUAUGUUGUUGAUGCAAAAUAAGAGAUUCGCUGGUGAGGUGGCGCAUGGCGUAUCAUCAAAGAAACGAAAAAGUAUUGUGGAACGGGCACAACAACUUAAUAUCAAAUUAACUAAUGGACAUGCAAAAAUCAGAUCUGAAGAAAAUGAAUAA